CCAUCAUGCUUAGAGGCAAAUAGCAGGAUCUAGAAGUCACUUGGUACAGGAAGUGAAGUGACCUUGCUGAGAGUGAGACUGACAACAAGCAAAAUGAGAGUGUCACCAAGUUUGUGCAAGAGACUGCUCAGUGGGACAAUCUGGAGGAGCUCCCAGGUACCCCAACAUGUGUGUCUCCGAAACUACGCUCAGACUGCAGAGACCGUUCUAGGUAAAGAUGCAGUGGCAGCAGCUUCACCCCGUGUGCAAGAUGAACACCAUUCAGCUACCCAGGAGUCACGUUCUUUUGCGGUUGGAAUGUUUAAUGGUCAGCUGCACACAGAACAAGUUUUUCCUUAUCCAUCAGUGCUGAGUGAGGAGCAGUCUCAGUUCCUGAGUGAGUUGGUGGGUCCUGUGUCCCGAUUCUUCCAGGAGGUUAAUAACCCAGCUCUGAAUGACGACCUUGAAAAGGUGGAUGAUGAAACUCUUACUGGACUGAAGGAGCUGGGAGCAUUUGGUCUGCAAGUACCGACUGAAUUAGGUGGCAUGGGACUGAACAACACACAGUAUGCCCGUCUGGUGGAAAUUGUGGGCCUUCAUGACCUUGGAGUGGGAAUUACUCUUGGUGCCCAUCAAUCUAUUGGAUUCAAAGGGAUCCUGUUGUUUGGAAACAAGGAACAAAAGGAAAAAUACCUACCUCGUCUAGCAUCAGGUGAGACUAUUGCUGCUUUCUGCCUUACUGAACCAUCCAGCGGAUCAGACGCUGCUUCCAUCAGAACUACAGCCGAGAAGAGUCCCUGUGGGAAGUACUAUACUUUGACAGGGAGCAAGAUAUGGAUAAGCAAUGCAGGCAUAGCAGACUUAUUUACAGUGUUUGCAAAGACCCAUCUGCCAGAUCCAACCAGCGGUGAAAUGAAGGAAAAGAUUACAGCUUUUAUAGUUGAAAGAGGGGAAGGAGUUACAAGUGGCCCACCAGAUAAAAAGCUUGGCAUCAGAGCCAGUAACACAGCAUCUCUUUACUUUGAUGGUGCCCGUGUUCCUGCUGAAAAUGUGCUGGGCGGGGAAGGAAAUGGUUUCAAAGUCGCCAUGAACAUCCUAAAUAAUGGUAGAUUUGGUAUGGCAGCUGCCCUUUCGGGAACCAUGAAAGGCAUGAUACAAAAAGCUGUUGAACAUGCCACAACUCGCAUCCAGUUUAGUAACAAACUUCACAACUUUGGUGUUAUUCAAGAAAAGCUUGCACGCAUGGCUGUGCUUCAGUACGUCACAGAGUCCAUGGCAUACAUGAUCAGCGCAAACAUGGAUUCCGGUAGUAAAGAUUUCCAGAUAGAAGCUGCAAUCAGCAAAAUUUUUGGCUCGGAAGCAGCUUGGUCAGUGACAGAUGAAUGUAUCCAGAUACUAGGAGGAACCGGUUUUAUGAAGGAUGCUGGUGUUGAAAGGGUGCUCCGUGAUCUUCGAAUUUUCAGAAUAUUUGAAGGAACCAAUGAUAUCUUGCGACUGUUUGUGGCAUUAAAUGGACUACAGGGUGCUGGCAAAGAGUUGAAAUCUCUGCAGAAAGCAAUGAGCAAUCCCCUGACUAAUACAUCCCUGCUGCUAAAGGAAGGAAUGAGAAGGGCACGAAGGAGAGCUGGUCUCAGUACAGGAUUGACUUUAAAAGGAACUGUCCAUCCAGAGCUGGAGAGAAGUGCAGAACUGGCUGUUCUUUCUCUGGAGGAUUUUGGACGUACUGUUGAGGAUCUGCUUCUCAAGUAUGGCAAGAGGAUUGUGGAUCAACAGUUUAUAUUGCAGAGAGUUGCAGACUGUUCCAUUGAUUUGUAUGCCAUGAUCGUGGUCUUAUCAAGGGCUUCACGCUCAUUCUCCCAAGGGCUACCCACAGCUCAGCAUGAGAAAAUUCUCUGUGACAUCUGGUGUACAGAGGCUGAGACUCGCAUCAGAGGAGGCUUACGAAAUUUACGCGGUGUUGGAGGAUCGGCCCUCUUUAAAAAUCUGCGUUCUGUUUCAGCUGCAUUGACGGAGAAUGGGGGUGUUGUAGCUGCACACCCCUUAGGCUUUUAGUAAGGGACAGGAAUGGUGUUCUAGGGAACAGAGUAACCAUAUACCAGUAUCAUCUGUUGCUCUUCCCCUGUGAGACAUAAUUGUAUACUUUCACUGUUGCCUUUUUCUUCAGCUGUGUCAUAUUUAUAAUAUAUUUAUCCUGUCUAUUUGAUUUGUUAUUUCAAGGGUGCAACAUAAAAGAAAAAGCUAAAGUGCCUAUCAAAAAAUACAGAAUGUUUGUCCAGUGCCUAUCAUUGAGGGCUGGAGCUUAGACAUGUUUUGAAAUAGAAAUCCCUGAACCACUAAUUUACCGACCUAUGCUGAAACAGGGGGGUAUCUUUGGAAUCUGUCCUGUCUCUAGCCCUCAAGGAUAAUUGGAAAGUCUGGAUACUUUUUGUCUACUACUUGUUCAGGAGAAUAAUUACUGUAUGUCAUUAGCAUUAUCAAUGUCCAAAUAAAACAAUUUUAUAACACAA